AUGAGUGAGCAAACUCUACCUAGAACUCGUCGGAGAACUAGACAACAAACCAAAGAGGAAGAAGACCAUGAGCCGAAAACAAAAGAGGUGGUGAAAAACGACAAAUCAGUCAAAAGGGCUAAAAAGGAACAGACUCCUAAGACUUUGUCGACUGCUAGUUCCACAAACGCAAAAGCUGCCCCCAAAGCUGCUGGUGAUGAACCCGAUAGACCGCGAUACUGGCUGCUAAAAGCAGAACCUGAGACGAGAGUGGUUGAUGGCCAUGAUGUAAAAUUCAGCAUUGAUGACUUAAAGGAUAUGAAGGUGUCGCCAUGGGAUGGUGUUCGCAAUUAUGAAGCAAGGAACAACAUGCGCGCCAUGAAACAAGGAGAGCUGGCUUUUUUUUACCAUUCUAAUUGUAAAGUGCCCGGUAUCGUAGGAAUAAUGAAGAUUCACAAGGAGGCAUAUGUAGAUUGUGAGUUCAAUCAGAACCCUAUGAGUAAAACAGCCACCAACUGCUGUUUAACAAUCGUUUCCAAAAGACAACUAACUCACAUAUUGUAG